CGAGACGCCUCCAAAAGGCGGUUGGGCUGGAGGCGUUCUUUUUACGCCCCCCAGUCUGGAGAGGUUGCUUCCCUUUUCCCUCUUCCGUCUCUCCCCCACCCACGCAGCGGGUCGGCCACCAACACGAGCGCCAUGUCUCGCUACUUGCGGCCUCCCAACACUUCUCUCUUUGUGCGGAACGUGGCCGACGACACCAGAGUGUAAAGCUGUACAGUAAUGGCGACCCCAAAGAGAAAGCAUGAAAAAACCUUUAGAGUAGAGUUCAAGAAUUAAGGCAAGUAGACAAGCCAAAGACCUCUUAAGGAUCAGGCUUGAAGAGAAGGGAAAGUUUGGGAAAAGAAAAGAUAAAGAAAAGCUGGAAGAAGGACAAGCCAUAAUGGGAGACAAAGCUUCGCUUUAUCUACAAAUGGGGGAAAAGGUUGGUUUUCAAAGUGUAAAGAUAAAGCCAUCUGUCAUUUUUGACCAAGCAUCUCAUGACAAGUCCUUCUGACAAGCACUUAAAGAGUUAAAGGUCAAGAUGAAGUUGAAUGGUGGCCAAGAUUAAAGGAGCCAUACCUGAUGUAUCCUACAGAAUAAGAGCUAUCCUCUUGCUUGUUACCUUAACAUCUAGCACAUUUGAAGAUGUCCGUGAUGCUGAAGAUGCCCUUCAUAAUUUGGAUCGAAAGUGGAUUUGUGGCCGUCAGAUAGAAAUACAAUUUGCUCAAGGAGAUCGGAAAACUCCAAACCAAAUGAAAGCCAAGGAAGGAAGAAAUAUGUACAGCUCUUCCCGUUACGAUGACUAUGACAGAUACAGGCGUUCUAGAAGCCGUAGUUAUGAAAGAAGGCGUUCUAGAAGCCGAUCCUUCGACUACAACUAUCGCCGAUCUUAUAGUCCUAGAAACAGUAGACCUGCUGGAAGACGUCGCCGUAGCAGAAGUCCUUCUGAUAAUGAUAGGUUCAGACACCGUAACCGAUCUUUUUCAAGGUCAAAGUCCAAUUCAAGAUCGCAGUCUAAGUCACCACCCAAAAAAGAAAUGAAGGCUAAAUCACGUUCUAGGUCUGCAUCUCGUACUAAAUCUAGAGGCACUUCUAAAACGGAUUCUAAGACACACUAUAAGUCCAGCUCGAGAUAUGAAAAAGAAGCGAGGAAAAAAGAACCAGCUAGAUCCAAAUCUCACUCAAGAUCUCAUUCUAGAUCUAGAUCAAAAUCCCGAUCCCGAUCAUGGGCUAGUCCCAAAUCCAGUGGCCACUAGCAGUGUACCUUGUUUUUUAGGCAUGUAUCACCCAAUUACACAGUUCAGUUAUAAUGUUGCAGCAUUGCUUAAAAUAUCUUUGUCAGUUUUCCCUGUAGCAGGCAACUAUAACAAUUAAAACACAAAUGGAGAAUCUUAUACAAGAGUCCACUUCGUUAAAUGUCAUGGGCAGCUACUGAAGUUGUUGUGGCGUCUAUGUAUAUUUUUGUAAUACACCUGCAUUUUUAUGGUUUAGAUAUUGAUGGUACCUUCAUCAUGAUCAUAGCAUUGUCCUAAUAAGAAUUUCAUUCACAGAUAAAAUGUUCCAACUGUUCCAUGAACAUAACAGUUAUUUAAAUUGUCCAGUAGCUCCUGCUGAACAAGUGGAAAAUUGGGCAGCAAUAAUGCAACACCAACAGCUGCAAAUAUAAACGGGUCUUUUCACAUUCUAGAUCAAAAGGGGAGGAGAGGGUUGCUAUUCUCCGUGCUCACUUGUAUCAAGAUGGCUGGUUCCUGGAGCAAGUGGAAAGAUAGCAUUGAGUUGUAGGCCGUAUAACAACAUGGGCUAAGAUCAGCCAUGAGAAGUUAUUGUGAGUCUUGUUGAGAUUUUUGGUGUCCCUUAUAUUUGAACCCCUACAAGUGAAAUAAUUAGGUAAAUGUGUUUACACUUAUACAAAGUGUGGUACAUCAAGUUUUAGUGAGCAAUGCUCACCAUUUUCUUAGGGCUUAUUGCUAUAUAGAUGCAAGUAAAACAUCUGAUUAGUAUAUACAGUAUGUCAGAACUAAAUUUUUAUGCCAAUGGCUUCAUUAAGUAGUUUGUGUCCAUCACUACCAACUUCCAGCCAGGCCUCUAAUCCUAACUGGUAGCUUGAGUUUAUACUUCAGAACCACCUUUGAGCAGCAGGUCUCAGUUUUGUACCCUUUGCUUUUGAUUUGUUGUUCUAAGCUGAAAUUGAAAAAAAUGCCAUGUAUUUUCUGGAGAUGGCACAAUGUUGUAUUAUGAACAUCGAAAAUCUACUGAAAUGUAAAAAGUCAGCUUCUGACAGCCAAGGGUCCUCUGUUUCUAUUAAAUAGGAUCAAUGAACAUUGAUGAAAGAAUCCUGUUUUCAAAUCCAGCAGGACUUGUCUGAACAUGAGCUGGGUUUUUUUUAAAUAGUGGCUGUGCAACGUGUUUAAGGGGUGAUUCUAGAACCUUUGUAUAUUUGAUAGUAUUUCUAAUUUUGGUUAUUGUUCAUGUUCUGCUAUGCAAUCAUUUAUAUCUGCAUUCCUUUAAUUUUGUAGACUUCUCCCUGAUGUAUAGUUUGAAACAACACAGUGUAUUGUUAAAAACUGUAGCAUUAGAGUGCAGCUCUGGUCAGAGGAAAGUUGUGGAAAUAAACUUUGUAUUUCCUUUCUUAUAGAGGCUUCUUAAAAAGUAUUUUUAUAUGUUCUUUCUAACAAAUAUUGUAUAUGACUUAAAACAUCAGUGUUUUGAUCAAGGUAUAGACCCAGCUUAUUCUCUGCUUGCUGUAAAUCUAGCAAACAUGUUGUAAUAAAAAAGGAAAUAUUGCUCUAGUAGAA